AUGGCUUCCGUGGAUUCAUCACACCCAGGGCUACCGACGGUAGACGAGUACGAGCUUAUACAUGAUGAUGCGAUUGACGAGGACGAGGAGCAGGAUGAGGAACUUGCGGAGACGGACCCCUCUGUAAGAGCGUAUAUGGAACACCAGCGGAAGGUUGACGAGUUCCUAUCACCGCUAGCCCUGGAUGAAGCUAUAUUAUACAGAUUGGCCCGUCGGUUAUCGACUGUAUACAAGAAGCUGGCUUUGGAAUCAGACCAGCAAUUCCUUCCGACGCCCGUUUCGAAGCUACCUACCGGCCUUGAGACAGGCCGCUACUUGGCGAUUGAUGUUGGAGGGACCAACCUGCGAGUUGCGUUUAUCGAACUUCUAGGGGACACUGCUGACCCCGAUAUGGCCCGCACGCGGGCCUCAGAACGGCCACUGCGCAAGGCGCAGACACAGCGCGUGAAGCGGACGCUCGAGAAGGCAUGGCCGAUUCAAGAGCAUUUGAAGAUGGAUAAGGCGGAAGACCUCUUUGCUUGGAUUGGAGACUGUAUCGCAGAAGUCGUGGCUGAAAGCCUGAGCUCAGAUGCGACUAAGGGAACAGUUCCUGAAGAACUAGACAUGGGCAUCACCUUUAGUUUUCCGAUAAUGCAAGAAUCUCUCUCAGAGGCUACGCUCAUGCCAAUGGGUAAGGGCUUCGCCAUUACCUCGGAUCUCAAUCUCCGGAAGAUUCUACUGAGCGGAUACGAAAAGCAUACAAGGCGUCCCGACGAUGAAGAUGAGCCGUCGUCGAAACGCCGGAAACUUUUCGCUUUACCAAAACUCAAGAUUGCCGCCAUCACCAACGAUGCAGUUGCCACUCUUGCCUCCCUAGCAUAUGCUGUCAAGUCCCUGCCAAAUAGUAGGGUCGCCAUGGGAGUCAUUGUUGGCACAGGCUGCAACGCCACAAUUCCCAUGAAACUCAGCGCGCUGCACGAAGAAAAAGUCAAGCAUGUUAGGCGGAGCGACCCAGAUACGUCAGAGAUUAUAGUGAAUACUGAGUGGACAAUAUCGGGUGUGCUACCUCCGCUCAAGGAACUUGACAUUAUCACGAAAUGGGACGACCAGUUAGACGCAGCGAGUGCGCGUCCUGGAUUCCAACCUUUCGAAUACAUGACCGGUGGUAGGUACAUCGGUGAAUUGAUUCGCCUUAUUUUCACGGACUAUUUAACAACCGUCAGCGGGGUCUCGGCAAGCGUGUUACCUGCCAAUCUCACCAAGGAAUACGCCUUGACAACAUCAUAUGUAUCAGACAAAGUUGCGCGUUCCCGCUCAGAUGACGAGCUUGCUGCCGAGUUAGGUCGUUCUCUACCACCAUUGAAUGAUACGUGGCGGUGGGAUGCGACCUCUGCAGGCGUCUUCCGGAAAGUGGCUAGAACCGUACAACGACGAUCUGCGGGUCUCAUAGCCGCGGCCGUUGUCGGCUUAUUAGCGUGUGCCGGCGAAAUAGAGCUGAAGCUGGACAGCCAUGAAGGCUCACCACAAGGGUCCCAUGUCCCAUCCCCUGGACAUGACAUCACCGGACUGGAUUCGCACCUCAAAGCUACGAUAUCGAAUCCGAACGGAUUGAACAGUGUCCGGGGCCCCAUAGUUCCGGUUCUUUCACCAUCUCCCGUACCGGCAGAUUGGCAGUCCGGGCCAGAAGAGCUUGUCGUUGCAUAUACCGGUGGUAUCAUCCAACAUUAUCCCAACUUCAAAGAAACCUGCCAACAAUUCAUCGACCGACUGAUAAUGCGCACUGGGCCCCAAAAGAGCGGGAAAUCGGUAUUUCUUCGAGAGGCUUCAGAUGGUGGUGUUAUUGGCGCUGGUGUCCUGGCGGGAAUGGUUGGAAACCGUUGA